AUGUCCACAAUCUCCCCGUCGGCUCGUCCCAUGCUCCCAAGUCUCUACGCCCAGUGGUUAACCUCUGCCGGCCUGUCCAUCCAGCGUUCCAGCCAGCCCAGCGACAUGCAACACCGCACGCAGGCGGAGCUGCUUGCCACACCUUACAGCCCCGGGCCAGUGCCACUCAGCAUCGUCAAUAACAGCAGUAACAUUAGCUUUGCAGGCGGAGACGGCCAAGAUGGCAGAGACGGGCCCAAGGUCGCCGCUGCCAGCGCUAUCGGCAGUGGCAACUGCAACAGCAACGGCACCGACGACAGCUCCACCAGCUGCAGCCCCGGCAUUUAUGAUGUUGUCGCUGAGCGCCCAGCAACCGAUGGCAAGCACGAUAUGGAGCGUGGCGUUCUGGAGACGCCGCCUCCAGAUGCGGAGCAGGUGAUGGUGCGGCGAGCGGCACUGGAGGCUCGUCGGGCUGAGGCGGAACGCCACCACCACCGGUGCAUCUGGGUCAAAGAGCCUCAUGGGGGCCCCUACCGCAAGGCGGUGUCAUCACGUGGGCCCGGGGCAUCAGCCUCCUCCUCCUCCUCCGCAAGGGGGUCAGGGACCUUGGCAGUCUCUGCAGGGGUGGUGCGACCCGCCGAGCCGGGGUACGAGGUGGUGGAGGUGGGCCCCACCACUAAUUUUGUGGGCAACGCGAUGAGCGCGGGCGCGGUGGACCUCGUGAUGGCCCAGUUGGAGCAGCUCCAAAACCAAACCUCGAACGAGAGGCCGUACAGCCUGGCGUAUGCCCCGAAACACUCCGCGGUCUCCCCAGACCCCGCGCCUCCCGCACACCAGACCCCUGCACCCUCACCAAGGUCGUCUAGUACGGCAACGGGAUCUCUGUACGGCGACGGCACCGUGUCGACCCAUAUCACGACGUCUCCAAGCGCAGUGAACACCCGAGGAUGCGGGCCCAGCGAAAACGGAGAGGAGGUCAGCAGCGGCGGCAGGAGCGGCGGCGGGGGUGAUUGUAGCGCUUCAAUCACCGGAUGCGUCGCGGCAUCCGAAUUUUCAGGGAUGGCGUCCGAAGGAUCACUGCUCGCAGCCACAGCAGGAUCGUUCGCCGCCACCGUGGGCGUGGGUGAGGGUGAUGGGGAAGGGGGCAAGUCGCGGUAUAUGGGGCUUACGGCUGCGGAUUCAGAGGAGGCGCGGAUGGCCGAACUUCGUCGGGAGGCCAGGAGGCUGCUGGGGCGCUUGCGGGGACGAGGACCACCUGGGGGCCCGUGA